CGCAGGCGCAGAUAGGUUUAUUUGGACAUAGCCGGAAGCUGCGCUCCGAAAUUGACCCAACGGGAUACUACUUGCAGCAGCGAUGGAGCGGUGAUGUGCCAGCCGGAGGAGCGAUAAGGCCAGAGCAGCCAUGACCGAGUGCUUCCUGCCCCCCAGCAGCAGCCCCGCGGAGCAGCGCAGGGCCGAGCACCCCGGGGGCGUGGCCCGCACGCCCAGCUCGGAGGAAAUCAGCCCCACCAAGUUCCCCGGGCUGUAUCGAACCGGCGAACCGUCGCCGCCCCACGAUGGGCAUCACCACGAGCCGCCCGACACCUACGUCUCAGACGACGACAAAGAGCACAGCAAGAAGAAGAACAAGUUCAAGAAGAAGGAAAAAAGGACCGAAGGAUACGCCGCCUUCCAGGAGGACAGCUCAGCAGACGAAGCGGAGAGCCCAUCCAAGAUGAAGCGCUCCAAGGGAAUCCACGUGUUCAAGAAGCCCAGCUUCUCCAAGAAGAAGGAGAAGGACUUUAAGGUGAAGGAGAAGGGCCCCAAGGAGGACAAGGGCAAGGACAAGAAGUCGAAGGACCUGACGGCCGCGGACGUGGUGAAACAGUGGAAGGAGAAGAAGAAGAAGAAGAAGCCGGCCAGCGAGGCAGAGCCGGUCCCGGUGGAGGCUCCCACGUUCAGGCCCGUCUUUGGAGCGCCCCUGACCGAAGCCGUCAAGAGGACGGCUCUGUACGACGGCAUCCAGCUGCCGGCCAUCUUCAGGGAAUGCGUGGACUACAUCGAAAAUUACGGCAUGAAGUGCGAGGGCAUCUACCGGGUGUCAGGUAUGAAGUCAAAGGUGGACGAGCUGAAGGCGGCGUACGACCGCGAGGAGUGCCCCUGCCUGGAGGAGUACGACCCGCACACGGUCGCCAGCCUGUUGAAGCAGUACCUCCGCGAGCUGCCCGACAACCUGCUGAGUCGGGACCUGGCCCAGCGCUUCGAGGACGCCUGCGGUCGGCAGGUGGAGGCCGAAAAGGUGACGGAGUUCCAGAGGCUGCUGGCGGAAGUGGCGCCGGAAAACCGCCUCCUCCUCUCCUGGCUGAUCACGCACAUGGACCACGUCAUCGUCAGGGAGGCGGAGACCAAGAUGAACAUUCAGAACAUCUCCAUCGUCCUCAAUCCCACCAUACAGAUUGGGAACCGGGUUCUCUACAUGUUCUUCACCCACGUGCGGGAGCUGUUUGGGGACGUGGUCCUGAAGCCGGUGGUGCGGCCGCUCCGCUGGUCCAACAUGGCGACGAUGCCGGCUCUGCCCGAGACCCAGGAGAGCAUCAAAGAGGAGAUCCGGCGACAGGAGUUCCUGCUGAACUGCCUGCACAGAGACCUGCAGGCCGGCGUGAAGGACCUGUCCAAAGAGGAGCGACUGUGGGAGGUUCAGAGGAUCCUCACUGCUCUCAAACGGAAACUGAGGGAGGCCAAGCGUCAGGAGUGUGAGACUAAGAUUGCCCAGGAGAUAGCCAGCCUGUCAAAGGAAGAUGUUUCAAAAGAGGAAAUGACUGAGAAUGAGGAGGAAGUCAUCAACCUUCUCCUGGCGCAGGAAAACGAGAUCCUGACGGAGCAGGAGGAGCUGAUCUCCCUGGAGCAGGUGCUGCGCAGACAGAUCGCGACGGAGAAGGAAGAAAUCGAGAGGCUGCGCGCAGAGAUCGCAGACAUCCAGAGUCGGCAGCAGGGCCGCAGCGAGACGGAGGAAUACUCAUCAGACAGCGAAAGUGAGAGCGAGGAUGAGGAAGAGCUGCAGAUGAUACUGGAAGACCUGCAGAAGCAGAAUGAGGAACUGGAGAACAAAAACACGCACCUGAACCAGGCCAUCCACGAGGAGCAGGAAGCCAUCUUGGAGCUGCGCGUCCAGCUCCGCCUCCUUCAGAGCCACAAGCUGCAGCAGCAGGAAAUGACCGUCCAGCCUCCACCUGAGCAGGCCGCCGCUCCUCCUGCUCCUCCUCCUCCCACGCAGCCGAGCCCGGAGGCCCGCGGCGAGGAGCAAACCAAGCGCUCCACCGUCAAUGCCGCCACUGCUGCUGCUGCAAGUGUUGCUCCAGCUGCAGCCGCAUCAGCUGCGACCGCCACCUCCGACACUCCCACCUCAGCCAACGGGAAGCCAGCUAAGGAUCCGUCGAAGCCCUCGCCGAGCAAAGACAGGAGGGAACCCAACAUGUGAGAUCCCAGAGGCUCUGCUGUGUGUCGGUUUGUCCUGUAGCUGUUGCUGUUUAUCCACUGGAGAUUUCACAUCACUUAGGCCGAAUGGCAGCCAAGGGAAAUAUCAGUUGGCAUCUUGUUUUAUUAUUUCCCCUCGAUAGGAUUUAAAAAAAAAUAAAAAAUAAAUAAAUAAAAAAAGUACCACGGCUACGAGAGACUCAGAGGGACCACGCUUUCAAAUCUACAGUGCCAAGCCUGUAUGAAGGAGGGAGGGAGGGAGGGAGGGGGGUGAGAUGGGAAAUGAAGGGAUUCCUGAAGCAAGUAAGAGAGAUUAGAUUACAGAGAGUUUAUUUUUCACUGGUAAACUAGUCGAGAAAUGAUCCCUGAACCGGAUAGAAUCAGCCCCCCCACCCCACCCAUCCACCCAUCCAUCCAUCCAUCCACCCAUCCAUCCACCCACCCAUCCAUCCACCCAUCCAUCCACCCAUCCAUCCACCCAUCCCACCCCAGUCAUUUAGUUUGUUCCUUAACUCGAUGCAAAUUUGACAUGUUUGAAAAAAGAGACCACUGUGCCAUAACUGAAGAUGCCAGACUGGACACGUCCCUGUCCCCCCCCCGGAGAACCACUAACACAGAAAGCUCUUGUCUAUCUAUAUAUUAUAUAUUUAAAUAGUAUUCGGAAGAAUACAAAUGACUAUUCAAGAAACACAUUGAUUUGAAGUUACUGCUUUUUCUUUUUCUUCUUUUUGUUUUUUUUUUUAGUAAUAUAUGAAUGGAUAUGUUAUUGUAGAUGCUUUUUUUUCUUCUUCUUCUUCUUUCAGCAGCACAUGCACAUAAAAAAACAGUGGUGCUGUGACUCUCACUGGUGGACGAAAACAUGAACGAAUACACAACAAAAUCUUUGUCACCGCUGCCCCCUGCACACACAAGGAAACGUAGAAUAUUACAAUAGUCCGGUGAUGAACCAAAUCUGUGGCGGUGAUUUCUAUCUCCAGACACACUCGCAGGAAGUUCGCUAUUUAAUUUUGUUGUGUAUUUAUUUAUUUAACUUUUAAUCUCAAUCAUUUCAUUUCACAGCUGAUUUUUUUUUUCGACGACGUUUUGAAGCAAAGCCCCGACUCAGCUUUUCUGUAUAUUAUUGUAAAAUUGCAAAACAAACUGUAUUUUUAAUUUUGUCAUACGCUCUCUUUUUUUUUUUUUUUUUUAAAUAAUUAUUAUUAGUGAUCUGUACGGACUGUGCUCGUGUGACUGCCUCUGCUUUGGUCACGGGCGAAUUCUCAUCUGAUUAUUAAUCCUGUGACUGAGACAGUUCGAUUGGGCUCAGAAGCUUCUCCUGAGGUUAUUUUCAUAAUGUUCCGAGCUUUUUGUAGCUGAUUGUUGCAGACAGAAUAAUGCUGUGAAGAAUAAAGUGUCAGUCUGAAUAAUUUA